AUGAAUAAUUUAUACUGUAUAGAAGAAGACAAUAAAAAAUUCUAUCCAUCCUAUCAACAGGAAACGCCUUCUUACCAACAAGAAACGCCUUCUUAUCAACAAGAAACGCCUUCUUAUCAACAAGAAACGCCUUCUUAUCAAUCCGUAAACGCCGAAUUCUACCUAAGAGACGUCUAUGAAAUCAUUCAAAGGGUGGAAACCGUAGGGCAUCGAAAGCCGCGCGACAACAACGACGAAGUGAAUAUCGCUAAAAUCGUGCGAGAACUCAAAUCACUCGAGGGGAACGUGAACGGAAGUUAUCACGAUACAGGCAUUUUACGGGAUAUCGGGAACGUCAAUCAUUCUGAAAGCGUCGCAAGAGGGCGUUUCGAGUUUUCGGAGAGUCAAAAAAUCUUUUUGGAGAACGUGUUUCUUAAAAGCAAAUACGUUAAUGCGCAGGAGCGAAAGACCAUGGCUCUCACGUUAAAUCUAAGGGACGACCAAGUAAAGAAUUGGUUUCAAAAUAAGAGGUCUAAACUACAUCUCACUCGUACAAAAUGAAUUGAACAUUUCCAGUGCAAUUUUAAAACAAAAUAAUAUAUCCAAAACAAUGCAAUUCAACACC